GUUUACUGUCCACUUUGAUCUAUUUUUUUAGCUUCAGUUAAGAUGAAAAGAGCUCCUUUCAUAGUGUUUCUGCAUGUUUGGUAUGUCAUUGCUGAAUUGGUAACCGGCGACGUAUUAUAUGAAGAAGUUCUGUCUCCGAGUUUGCAUCCAAGAACCUUUUAUCUUUCGCCGGGACAAGAAUAUCAAAUGAUUAGUCAAAUUUUGUGCGAAGGUAGUCCAUGUCCUGAAUUUUCUGUAAUUCAAGAUUAUGCAUAUUUCAUCCAAAGACGAUCCUAUAGAGAAGCAAAAUUUUUACGACUUACAACAUCUAGGACGUGCGAUUUUAAAUUAAUCAUGGAUGACGGGUUGAACAGGCUUCAUAACUUUAUACAAGGUGCUAACAACAGGCAGCAAAACUACACUAUUACAUUACCCCUGUUAAUUGAAGUAGAUCAGCAUUUAAGUUCAAAAUCUAAAAACCCGUGGUGUUUGAUGAGCUACAGGAUCAACUUCUUCAUUCCACAUUAUUGGGGAUCAAUGGCCACUCCAACAGAGAUGCUGCCUGAGUUCUUUGAAAUACCCGAAAAUUUUCAAGUAUAUGUACACACAUUUAAUGGGGAAAUAGAUCAAGUUUUGUUCAGAGAAAUUGAGUUUUUUAGAAGAAACUUAGAUACGCUAACAAUCUGUUACAAGAAAAUGAAGUUUUACAUAGCUAUUUACGACAUCCCGCACAGCCCGGCAGAUUCUAGAAACGAAAUGUGGUUCAUAAAAUGUACAGAAAGGUGACAGAAAUCAAGUAAUAGCUGAAUGAUUUCUAAUUAAGUAGUACAAUGAUUUUUAGAGUAACUAACUCUUUAACUAGUUUUAUAUUUGUAGGAAAAUGGAAUUCGUAUUUACUAUGCGUAAAUGUGAAAAAGUGUUAGGUUCUCAAACUACAUUUAUUGCAACAGUUUUGUACAGUAAACUGCUAAAACAUUAUACACUUGGAAAAUACUACGUGUAGAAGCAAAAACUGUAGGAUAGUAUGGUAACAAAAAAAAGAAAAACAAACAAACAAAUGCGUCAUUUAAAUCGAUAGUUUCGAAUUUUCAUGUAUAGAAGUCAUUGUAAUCAUUGUAACAUUUUUCUGUUUGUUGAUGGUAAAUUUUGUUAUUAUUAAUAAAAAAUGCAUUUAAAAUGAAAAAAAAUAUUACAAAAACUCCUUUUUGCACUUGCAAAUUGUUGAUUAUUUAAUUGUAAAUACAAACUAUGUUCUGCAUUUCUUUUUUUCUUUUUAUUACUUUGAACGAGAAAUUUUGGUUCAUCAUUCAAACACUUACAUUUAUAUUCAGUAAAUUACCGCCCAAUUAGCCAGGGCUAAAGCAGAAAUACAUGGAAUACACCGCCAGCUCAGUCAUUUCCAGCCGAGGACUGCAGUUUCGUGCUUAGCGGUAAUUUACUGAAUAUACCUUGCCUCGCGUUCAAUCUUCGAGUUGAACCGAACCAUUGCUUCGGUCACUCGUCUGGUCUGCUAAUCCUGUAUUAGCUACCAGUUUGU